AUGUCCUUCUUCGUACCCGAUGUCAAGUGCAUUCCCGCCGGAUUCCAGCUACUGACCACGUCGAUCAUGAUCUGCCCCAAGCACUCACUCGAGCAGUGCUCAAUCAACGGCAACGGUGCGAUAAGAGCGGAGUCUCAUCUCCACCUCCAUCUCCGCGUUCAAGUUCUGGCCCGCGCUCACGAUAGCCCUGCCAGCGGACCCGGACGUGGUAUUCCGGCGGCAACACAAGCAAAAGGACAUUUGCGUGCGCUUCUACAGCACGCACGAUUUUGGAUGGAUCAACCGGAGGCAAUCGACUCGGACAUCGUAGCGGCCGGAAGCAGUCGGACAUGA